AGCGCCUCUGGCACUGUGUUUGGGUCGGGGCUGCAGGCUUGCGGGGUCACACUUCUCGGUCCCACUGCCGAGGCUGGGCUGGGAACGGGAGCCGCGUCGCCUCGCUCGCACCUCCAAGGCCGUCUUCUGAGGCCUUGAGCCGAGCCCCAUCUGGCGCUCCUCCGCGCCCCCGCCCCAGUCCUAGCGCCCGAUAGCCGCCCCCAGCCCAGCCCAGCAGGUCCGGGCCCCAUUGUCCCUGUUCCCACCGCGGCCACAGGCCCCUUGAGCCUCUCCUCUCCCCACUUACCUUCCCAGGCAAGCCCCCCAACGCCUCUAGCAGCCGCUCUUCCCCUCUCUCGUCCGCGGAGGUGGUUGGUUACCAUGGUGAAGCUGGCGGCCAAAUGCAUCCUGGCAGGAGACCCAGCAGUGGGCAAGACCGCCCUGGCGCAGAUCUUCCGCAGUGACGGGGCCCAUUUCCAGAAGAACUACACCCUGACGACAGGGGUGGACUUGGUGGUGAAGACGGUGCCAGUUUCUGACACGGGGGACAGUGUGGAACUCUUCAUUUUUGACUCUGCCGGCAAGGAGAUGUUUUCUGAAAUGCUGGAUAAACUGUGGGAGAGUCCCAACGUCUUGUGUCUCGUCUAUGACGUGACCAACGAACAGUCCUUCACCAACUGUAGCAAGUGGCUGGAGAAGGCUCGGUCACAGAUUCCAGACACCUCCCUCCCAGGUGUGCUCGUGGGGAACAAGACAGACCUGGCCGGCAGACGAGCGGUGGAUUCAGCUCGGGCCCAGGCAUGGGCCCUGGGCCAAGGCCUGGAAUGUUUUGAAACAUCCGUGAAGGAGAUGGAAAACUACGAAGCCCCAUUCUACUGCCUGGCCAAGCGGUUUCACCACCUGUACUGGGAGAAGGUGGAGGUUUUCCAGGCGCUGCUGUGAGGACCUGGGGCGGGCAGUGCCCCACGACGGCAACAGCGCCACUGGGGAGCGGGCGGGGACUCGGGCUCCUCGGGGAGGAGAGAAGCUGGAACUGCCCCGACAGCUUCCAAUGUAUCCUGACAGCUUUAAAUAAAAUGAGAAGAUGUAGGA